AUGCCAGCGCUUCCUCGGUGUGUUCUGGCGGCCUGCUUGGCGUCGCUGCUGUGCCAGGGGGCGGUUGGCCACCGNNACGACUACCCACGAGCUCUCGAAUUCCAGAAGAGCUGGGUUGACUCCGAAAAUUAUGAGGACGUCUUGGAAGGUGUCAAGAUAAAUGUGGAUGAGAUGCUUUCGCAGUCUACUACGCCUCCUAUUCAGGAGUCGAUGAAACUGGUCCGAGACCUUUGGAUGCUGACCGAUCAGGCACUUGCAAACCAAAACUCCUACCAAUGCUUCAACCUUUGCGUGCUGUGCGAGCCGUCGCCGCAAGAGCUGGUAGAAGAUCGGCUGAGGACCAUCGCUGUGUCGCGCGCAAAAGACUACAAGGACAAACUCAAGAUGGCCCUCAUUGCCCCUGCAGAUGCCGCCGGCGGUCUCGUCGCCGGUGUGUUCGCCGGCUUGCUUGCUGCAGGAGCCUUUGGAACUGCCGGCGGUAUCGUCGCUGACUCAGCGACGGCAGAGAAAAUCGGCCCGGGCUUUGUCAGCCUUAUGGUGGGCCUCGUCUCCGGAACCGUGACCGGUGCGGUUGUGCUUCCUUUCGCCGUAGCGGUGCUUCCACUGCUCGGGGCGGCCAGUGGCGCCGGCAUCACCGGAGCCCUGACGAACUGCGCUCGCGUCGGCUUCGAGACGGCCGAGGACGGCAAGUUUUUGCACGACCAGCCCUUCGCGAACCAUUUUGGUGCAAAUAGCUACGGCUUGAAAUCGCUCAGAAAUGCUAUGGAUUACAAUGUGUCCAAGCAUGUGGACGGCUUCUUCCACAGUAAUCCUGACGACCUGUACAAGCCGGACGAGUCGUCAAGUGAAGAGGUGCAGAACUACAAGGCCUUGUCCCACUGCGAAUAUCUACGGCUUCGGCCAUUCGACAUUCGCCACGCCAUACUGUGCACUCGGCAUUCCAGGCUUUGUGGAAAGCGCGGUGGCAUGUUGGUCGCCGAAGCGAAAGAUGGUCAGUGUGCAGCCCUUUCCGGGCAAGAUGUGUUCUUGAGCCGACUCUUCCAGGAGAGCAAGCAGGAGGACAAGGAGGCAGAGGCGACAGAGGAACUCGUCGUGGAGGCGAGCGUGCCGCCUACUACGACCACGACCACCAGCACCAUCACCACGACGAGGGCGCAGCCUCCAGCGAUUUCUUUGAAAGAGGCUGCCCAGCGAGGCGACGUGGCGGCCCUCGCACAGCACCUUCAGGUGGAAGCCCUGAAGCUCCUCCAAGAGGCAGGCGCCAAGUUGUGUGCGACAGACGAGGAGGGCAAACUGUUGACCGAGCUUGCAGCCCGAAAUCGCAACGCAGCAGAGACACUCAAGGUUCUCGCCAAGGCUGGGUGCGAUAUGAAUGCCAAAGUGGCUCGCGGGGGUACCGUGGCGCACUGGGCCGCAGACAACCCAAAUUGGAUAAAUCAUGGCGACGGUGCGGCGGCGCUGAAGUUCCUGCACGAGGCAGGUGCCAAUCUGGAUGCCAAGGACAAUGUUGGUGCGACGCCGGCCUGUUGGGCGGCCGAAAGAGGGAACGCAGAGGCACUGGAGGCUCUGGCCGAGGCCGGGGCCGACCUCAAUGACGCAAGCAACAAAUUUGGAUUCACCCCGGCCCACUUGGCCGCUGAGAUGUGCAAGGUGGAGGCGCUGCGCGUCCUGAUCAAGGCUGGUGUCAACCUCAAUGUCAUAGACAAUUACGGAUAUACAGUGGCCGACAGGGCUGCCGACACCACGCGGCUUGGGUCAGAGAAAGACUUGAUCGCAAAAAAGGAAGAGGCUCUGAAGCUGAUUCUCAAGGCCGGGGGCAAACGCAAGAAAGUUUGA